AUGCAGAAGAGCAUCAUCAACGACGAUUGCAGCUCCCAGCACACCCAGCUUGUGGAGCAGCCCGAGCAUGGCAGCUGGGAUCUCGUCAGUUGCAUCCUGGACAAUUUUUUCCCGAGGCCCGCCAAGACGGAAAUGGCAAUCGUGUCGGUUCUGCUGGGCCUGCUGCCCAUGGCACUGCAACUCGUCGGCCCACGCAUAGUAGACGUUGCCGAACUGGGGCUCCGCCGACCCGUCCUGGCCGCGCUUCUCAGCCUGGGUAGCACAAGCGCCGCGCUUCAAAACCAUGCCACAGGCCUGGAAGCCGUGCGGAGAGACCAAAAGGGCAGACACCAUGUGCUCUGGCCGCAGAACAUGAUUGCCCCGCCGACAUGGGCCAUGACACUGAUUUCCAUGGUCGAGUACGUAUACAUGCAAACAUUCUGGAUGGCUAGGGCAUGGCAGUCUGCAAAGCGCUGGGUAGAGGGCGAAGUCAUGCCUUGUGCCUGGAAAGACGAGAUACUGGAUGUUGAUUUUGAAUUGGUCAAUUAA